UAAGUUUUAACGUUUGAUUCCAGAAAAAUCAAAAAACAUAAUGGCUGACCGACCUCUAGAGAGUGAAGGGAAAAGACCUGCCUGGACUGAACUUAACGAUCUCGCAGCACAGGAGGCUGGUGGUAGUAUACUGUUUGCAACUGAUGAUUGGUUUGCGCAUGCUGAGAAUCUUCUUUCGAGCGCAGAACCGGUUUGGAAGGAAGGAUUUACUGAACAGGGUAAAUGGAUGGAUGGUUGGGAGACUAGAAGAAAGCGUAUCCCUGGACAUGACUGGUGUAUUAUCAAGCUGGGAUUACCCGGUGUCAUCUCUGGGGUUGAAAUACGAACUGAUUUCUUCACUGGAAACUAUACUCCCAAAGCCAGCAUUCAGGCCACUAGAUUAAACAGUGAGAUGCCAACCUUUAAACGUGAUAGAAGAGCAGGACUGGCAGCUACUGCGGAACAGUUUAAGGAGAUUGAGGUUUAUGAAUCAGGUUGUUGGAAGGAAAUUGUUCCGAGAACCCCCCUAGGAGCUGGAUACAAGGAUACCGCCAGGACAUUUAUCGAAGUGUCGAGCAAGGAAGUGUACACUCAUAUACGACUAAAUAUGUUCCCGGACGGAGGAAUUGCUCGUCUCAGAGUAUAUGGUGUGUGUACCCCCUUGAGUACCCUUGCACCUGGAGAACUGGUUGAUCUAGCUGCAGCAGAACUAGGAGGAGUAUGUGUUGGAUAUAGUAAUGCUCACUAUGGACAUCCUCGUAACAUGAUCAGACUUGGAAGAGGAAAGGAUAUGGGGGAUGGUUGGGAGACAGCACGAAAAUUAGACAGGCCGAGUAUCCUGACAGCUGGGAAGGAUGGAAUUUUUCAGGUUCCUGGAUAUGAAUGGGCCUGUUUUCGACUGGGGUUUCCUGGAAACGUUCUUCGUGUUGAAGUUGAUACAAACCAUUUCAAGGGAAACUAUCCUGAUAGUGUUAUCAUUGAUGGAUGUUUCGUCCAACAAAAUUUGGAAAGAGAUAAUAUAGAAAACCAGGAAUGGCAAGUGCUACUACCCGGGAAGAAACUGGGUCCUCAUCACCAGCAUUUCUUUGAUGUUUCUGAAAUUGCAGAUGUUGGAAAAAUCAACCAUAUUAGAGUCAGAAUGUUCCCUGACGGAGGAAUUAGUAGAAUUCGGGUUCUUGGACACAUUUAGUAACAAAGCUUUUAAAGGGAUUGUUCGCGAAAAAUGAAAGGGGUUAUAGGCCUAAUGCGAUUUAAAAAGCGCUUUUGAU